AAUAAAGCAAGACGUAAAAGAUGCAAUAAAUACUUGAAUACGUUUGCGAUGUUUUGGAAUCGUUUCUACGCGUAUAUUUGGUAGUUAGUAAGAAAGUAGCAGUCGUACCUCUAUUUUUGCUAUCACUUGUCACUGUCAUUUCUCUAUCUGUCAUAUGUCACUUUUCUAAAAGUCAAAAGCCCGGUGCUCUAUUCUAUUGUACUUGUACAUGCUGGUUUUAUUAUAACAAAAUACAGUUCUUUCAUAUUCUAUACUUUCUUAUGAUUUACUAAUUUAAGUAUAAAUAUGUUUUACUUAAUAGGUUUAGGCUUAGGUGACGCUAAAGACAUAACUGUGAAAGGCUUAGAAAUAGUUAAAAAAUGUGACAAAGUUUUAUUGGAAGGUUAUACUUCAAUACUUACUGUUGGAAAAGAAGUGUUGGAAGAAUAUUAUGGCCGCCCAUUAAUAAUAGCAGACCGGGAACUGUGUGAAGGUGCAAUAGAUGAGAUUUUACUAGAAGCCAAGGAUUCAGAAGUUGCCUUGUUAGUUGUUGGUGAUCCGCUGGGGGCUACUACGCACACGGACAUGCUGCUGCGAGCUAAGCAAUUUGGUGUACAAACUCAGAUUGUUCACAAUGCCUCCAUCAUGAAUGCUGUAAGCUGCUGUGGUCUGCAGUUAUACAAUUUUGGUGAAACAGUUUCAAUACCCUAUUGGACGGAGAAAUGGAAGCCUGACAGCUUUUUUGACAAAAUUGUGGGGAAUUUUUCAAGGAACUUGCAUACCCUAUGUCUGUUAGAUAUCAAGGUAAAAGAACCUACUGAAGAUUCUCUCACAAAGAAGGUUCGCCAGUACAUGGAUCCAAAAUUCAUGUCUGUAAAAGAAGCAGCAAAUCAACUGGUGCAGAUCAUUGAAAAUAAUCCAGAUAAAGGUAUAAAUAAAAGCAGUACGGCAAUCGGGCUCUCGCGAGUAGGAGCCAGCGACCAGCGGAUAGCCGUAAUGACACUCGACGCGAUGCAAAGCUUUGACCUCGGCCCGCCGCUACACAGUCUCGUCAUUCCCGCUCCCAAUUUACAUCCGUUGGAAUUGGACUAUCUAGCACAGUUUAAUCAAUCAGGCAGUUGACUUACGUAAAUAUUACACAAUUGUGUAUUGCAUUAUUUUGUUAUAAAUAAAACAAUUAAAAAGAGUUUAAUUAA